AUGGGAUUUGAGCUGGGAGACGAGAAGAUCACUUCUCCCGUUGAGGGUCAUGGCCCCGAUCAGGAGGCUGGCGAAAUCGCCAGCAUCCAUGAACGCAAGGAGCUCGAGGGCUUAGGCUACAAGCAGGAGAUGCGCCGAAACCGAUCAAUCAUCACACUGCUCUUCCAGACACUCGCGAUUGCUGCAAUUCCCUAUGGAGAGGGCAGUCCUUUGAUCAGUGCCAUCUAUGGUGGUGGUCCUCUGUCCAUCUUCGUGGGGUGGAUCGUCGUCUGCCUGUUGGAUCAAUGUAUCGCGAUGUCUCUUGCUGAGAUGGCCUCGCGCUAUCCCACCUCUGCGGGCCCGUAUUACUGGACCUUUCAGAUGGCCCAGACCUCGAAGAGCACCCUCUCUUUCAUCAAUGCCUGGAUCUGGCUGAUUGGAAACUGGACUAUCACGCUCUCCGUCAACUUCGGCUUUGCCUCCAUGCUUGCAGCCACCGUCUCCAUGUAUCAUCCCACUUGGAACGCCAACAGCUGGCAGCUCCUCCUGAUCUUCUAUGCUGCUUGCCUUGGCUCGAUGGUCAUCUGCAUCUUUGCCAAUCGCUAUCUCCCUCAAGUAGACAUCGCCUGCGCAACCUGGACAGCCCUAACAAUCAUCGUCAUCCUCAUCGCAGUCUCUGUCAAAGCAGAAGCCGGUCGCCACAGCGCCGCCUACGCCCUCGGCCACUACGACAAGUCCUUCUCCGGCUGGGGCAACUUCACCUUCUUCAUCGGCCUGCUCCCAGCCGCAUACUGCUUUUCAGCCAUCGGCAUGGUCUCCGCAAUGGCAGAAGAAUGCGCCCACCCCGCCAUCAAGGUGCCCCGCGCCAUCGCCCUCUCCAUCCCCGUCGGCGGCAUCGCUGGCCUCUUCUUCAUCAUUCCCCUCUGCGUCGUCCUGCCCCGCUGGAAGACAUCCUGA